AUGUCAACAUCAAUUAAAAGUGUUUUUUCGCCGAUUCAAGGAAAUCCAAAUUAUAUUCAAUAUGAAUAUAAGUUUAAUUGGGUCUCAAUUUUUUCAAUAUUUGUCUUAUCCUACACAAUUUCAUCAUUUUAUAUUUUCCUAAAACUAUCAUUUUUCUCAAUAAAAGAUCGAGAAAAAAUUCGCAAUGGUGGAUUGCGAAUCGAAAUAUUUCAGUCAUUUUUUGCAAUGCAGUUCUGGAAUAUUCAGUUGAUUAUUGGAGAAUAUAUGACAUUUCGGAUACCUUAUACAGGUCUUGUCACAAGUUUUUAUGCUUCGGAAAAUCCACAAUUUAUGCUGAAAUUGUUCAUGCUUAUCUACAAUUGGGCAUUUUAUAGUUCUCAGUUGUUAACUGUGCUUUUUUAUGUGUUACGAGCAGCGGUUUUGUACUCCAGAAAUCAAAAAUCUAUGGAAAAAAUUAUACUUUCUGUAAUUUAUUUUAUAAUUUUCAUUGGUUUCGUGGCAGCUUUACCUCAUGUUCAGGCUCCUGCCGCCUGCCUACAAGCUUUGGAACCGUAUCCAUUUGGUUCAAUACUUAUAAUUUCCGAGUGGUUUUUGUAUAACAUGAAAAAUGUAGCACUUGGUAACAUGUUGUUCAGUGCGUCAGUCACAUGCACAAUUAUAAUGCUGAAUGCUCUUGUGGUUAAGAAAAUUAGAUCCAGAAAGUUUUUAAGCACACAAAACGUCUCGACACAAAAUGCAAAAGUUGAAAAAACGCUCUCCCGGACUAUGAUUAUUUUACUUAUUCCAAUGACUUUCAAUCUUUUUGUCUCGAUCGGCGAGCUCUUCCAAAUCGGAAAUUUCUCGUAUAUUCUAUUUCUUCGUCCACUAUUUUUGGACGCCCGAGUUCAUAUCGUAACUUGCUAUUUCUAUUUCACUCAUCCUGUAUUCAAGAAGAAGCUUUUCACUUCCCCAAAUUCAGUAUCGCAGAAUUUGAAAAACUUCUCCAUGGUGGUGACUCUGGCAAAAGUUGUGUAG